CCGCGGGUCUUCCGACGCACUCGUGGGGUUCGCGGGCAGGGCGCUGCCCCCGGGGGGGGCAUGCCGGCUGUGGCGCAGCAGCCGCCGGUUGGUCUGACUACCAAGAACACUUUCCUGGACUGCCAGUCGCCGUGGAUCGACUACGUGAAGGUGGACGAGCGCCCGAAGUCGGACCCCACGUCCGACUUCUCGUCCUGCUCGGCGUCCGAGAACUCCCAGAGCAGCCUCACGCCGCAGAGACUGAGCACGAGAGGCCGUCACGCGACGGAGAGCUCGAGCCUGUCGGAUCAGCCGCUGGAGGGCGACUCACAGGCUCGGCGGCCACAGAGACGCAGCGGCGCCGCUUGCAGCGCAAGUCCGUGAAGGAAGCGGCCAAGCCGGAGGGCAGCAGCUCGACCGCGAUGCAGCAGGGCACCACCAAGAUCUCCCUGUGA